UAAUAAAUUUGAUACCAGUAUGCUGUUCAGUAAAAUUCAAUUUCAGUCAGCAUGUGAAGGCAAGAUCAUUGGAGUAUUUACUGUAGAAGAAAACAUGUGCAACAAUAUGGAUGCUUUGCAUGGCGGAUACAUAUGUUCAAUAAUGGACGCGGUAACAACUUAUGCACAGAUGUCCAACAAAAAUGGACGAUUAAGUUGGACCACUGAUGUUCAAGCCAAAUUCCUAAAAUCAGCCAGACUAGGCGACCGUAUAGUAGUUGAGACGACACCCCUAACAAACGGUUCACAUUCAGUAAUGGAGGCUACACUACGGAAUGAGGCAACAGGGUCUUUAAUCGCAAAAGGAACAGUUACUUUGGUAGCAGGCGCUGAGAAAUUUCAACAUAAGGCCAAGGAUGUUAUUAAGUUUGAUGUUUAUGAAGAAGAUUAAAUGGAAAUGUAG